GCUAUCUACAGUAUGCUGGGAGCGGACGAGUCCACUGUGGAUCUCAGCCCGGAGGAUCGAACAAAUGAAAUUUUCGAGAAAAUGGACAGUAACGCCGAUGGAGUAUUAACACGGGAGGAGUUUAUGAAUGGUUGUAUGGCAGACAAGCAAUUGUAUUCCAUGCUUCUGGCCGAUGAGCCUGCAGAGUAA